AGAAGCCCAUCAAGAUGUUAGAGCCCAUGAGCUCGAGCAAAAAAAAAGAAAGCUAUGAGAGAUCUUGUCCGUUCAUUCAAAGUCUUCAGAUCUAGGCCACGUCACCAAUCCGCGUGCCGCACAGAUAACCAAUAAGAGCGAGCAGAAGCUUAUAUAUAAGAAAAUCUGUUCCUCAACUAAUUUCAAUCACAGACGCAUCUUUCCAUUAAACAAUUCACCCUCUCUUCACCAAACUCAUCGAUCGAUAAUGGCACCCAAGGCGGCAGAGAAGAAACCGGCGGAGAAGAAGCCAGCUGAGAAAUCCCCGGCCGAGAAGCGUCCAAAGGCGGAGAAGAAGAUCUCAAAAGAAGGAGGAAGCGACAAGAAGAAGAAGAAAGCGAAGAAGAGCGUUGAGACGUACAAGAUAUACAUCUUCAAGGUCCUGAAGCAGGUUCACCCCGACAUCGGAAUCUCGGGUAAAGCGAUGGGGAUCAUGAACAGUUUCAUCAACGACAUAUUCGAGAAACUGGCGCAGGAAUCAUCGAAGCUCGCUAGGUACAACAAGAAGCCGACGAUUACGUCGCGGGAGAUCCAGACGGCAGUUAGGCUUGUAUUGCCCGGAGAACUCGCGAAACACGCCGUCUCUGAGGGGACCAAGGCGGUUACGAAAUUCACAAGCACUUAGGGAUUUAAAUGUUUAGGUUUAAUUGUUCUUUUGUUGAUGAAUCGAUUGUAUUCGAUUAGUGAGAUCAUUUGAAUGAACAGGUUUCUUUUUAAUGAAUAACGAUUCUCUAUCAAUA